AUGACCGAUGCGGACUGGGAGUUUGGCGUGACCACGGGGGGCUGGAGCGUCAACGUACUGGCCCCCAUCGACGCCGCCCGCGCCCAAACAAUUGGGGCACAACCUGGCAGAGGAGCGGGAGGGGCGGAACGCCCCCCCGCAGACUUUGUAGCAGUGCCGCUUGCCCAGCUGCGGCCAGCCGUUAGCGCAGCCCCCACCCGCAGCGCCGGGGCGAAUGCCAUGCCCACGAGUGCGGCCAUCGCACGCCGCGCAGAGAUCGAAAAGCGCAAGGCCUCGAAACUGCACAGCCGCAGAGACGCGUCCAGAGAAGUGACAAACCGCACGGACACGCGCGGGAUUGAGGUGGCCGCGACCCACGAGGGAGGACAGCGGCGACUGAUGCCGACGACCGCCGUCGCCCCGCAAGCCGGGAACGAGGGCGCAGCAGCGGCC